AUGGCCAGUGGUGUCUAUGUGGUGGCCACCUUGUGCGACCCUCAACGCUCUCCAUGGUUCCGGCUCUUGGCUGAGGUUAGAGAGGACCAAGAUCGACCAUCGGUGGUGGCCCUUCAUCUCUUCAGCCCUCGGGCCUUCGUCACCGUCAAGAGGGAGAAGAAGGUCUGGGUCAAUGGGGUCCCAGCCACCAUCCCUAUGGAGGUCUAUGGGGCGCUGAACAUCACCGAGACCCACGGAACCAUCUGGCUCACCCAACCCCCCUCAUUGGACAUUGGGUUCAACCCAAGUGGGGAGGUGACAGUGACGGUGGCCCAAGACCUGAGUGAGAAGCUCUGUGGGAUCUGUGGGAACUACGAUGGGAACGUGGCCAACGACCUCCAAGGACCUGAUGGGACAUUGGCUGGGGACAUGGUGGCGAUGGCCAAGGCGUGGAGAGCACCAGACUUCACCCACUGCUGCAUUUAGAGGCUCCGGCAAAGGGGGGGUGAAAGGCUUGGCCGAUGAGGUCAUCGCUGACGUCACCGAUGAGGUCACCCCAGCCCGCGCCAGGCUGGAAAAGGGCUUAUUCCCACCCAAAAAUCCCCUUGGAAUUGCAAUAAAAGGACGAGAAUUGAAGGAAA